GACAAGCAGAUCGACACGGAGCCCUUCCUGGAGGCCGUGACGCACCUGCCGCCCUUCUUCGACUGCCUGGGCACCCCGAUCGUCUACACCCCGGUGAAGGCGGAUCUCUCUGGGAACAUUAAGAAAAUACGUGCAGUUUAUGAAUCCAACCCAGCCAAGUUCAAAACCCUUCAGAACAUCUUGGAAGUGGAGAAGGAAAUGCAUGGGUCGGCCUGGCCAAAAGUGGGGGCCACCUUGGCCCUCAUGUGGCUGAAGAGGGGUCUCAGGUUCAUCCAGGUCUUGCUGCAGAGCCUUUGUGAUGGCGAGCAGGAUAAGGAGAACCCGAAUCUGAUCCGCGUGAACGCCAUCAAAGCCUACGAGCUGGCCCUGAGGAAGCACCACGGCUGGAUGCUCCAGAAGCUCUUCCUGGGCUCUGUCUAUGCUCUUCCCUACAAGUCGGAUUUGCUGAAGGCCCUGGAGAAGGGCAAGGAGGUCAAGGAGGAGGAGACCUUACAGAAGAUCCACCGGUUCCUAUCGAAAGCAACCCCCAUCCUCGACGCGAUCUACGAGAUGUACACAAAGAUGAAUGCUGAGCUGAACUACAAAGCUUGACCAGGCCCUCCCCUCCUCUGCCAGCCUGGGCCCCGGCUCCUUCACCUCCUCUCCCCCCUCCCCCCCCACUGCUCUGCAGCCCAGAAGGUGCCUUCCAGCCUCUCGAGGCCACCUAGACCGAAGAUCUGCAGCAGCUGAAGGAGGCCACGGUGCUACAGAAAUGCUCCUCCUCUCCAUCCCUGGGCUGGGGCUUAGAUGCUCUUUCACGGACUUACUCCUCCUGGGGAAAUGAGGGGGGGCAGCAGCCCUGCUCUGCUCACUGGGGCUGCCUGGCAGUGAGAACGUGUCUUCCUCUGAGCGUCGGACAGCCAGUUGCCUGGGUAGAGCCGAACACGCACGAGAGACACUGGUUGUGCGCCAGGACUGGCUAGUGCAAAAAUGUCCCACAAGUUGUGCCAGGAAAGCCCCUUCUGGGUGGAGCUCCACUCCUGGGGAUGCAGCUUUCCGGCCGUGGGGCAGAAGUGGGUCUGCCUCACCUUCUUCUGGGGUGGUUUUCCAACUUGUCUCGCCCUGACAUCCUAGCCGGGCCCUGCUUUGAUUUCUUGAGAUCUCCCAAGGUUGAAAACCAACCAACCAGCCAACCAAUGCCAGCCAGCCUUCCGUGACUCUUCUGAGCCACUCUUGGGGUGAAGGUCUACGCGUCGUUUUGCACAACAGACUUCUUCAGGGAACCAGUUCCGGCUUAAAACUUGCUGUCAUUUUCCGGGGCACAAGAACCACGCCAGGCCUUAAUGGUGUCUCUACUGCUUGAUGCUUUCUGCAUGUGGUUUUAGGGAAACCAGACAAUUGAAAUAAAACGUAACGAGGGAG